GAACGGCCAUACUGUUUUCUACAGCGGCUUCACCGUUUUAUAUUUCCGUCAGCAGUGCGCUGGGGUUCCAGUUUCUUCAGAUAGGAGAGAAUGCUUCACUUCUGAUACUUCUGGUCACUGAACAUCUGGAGAUUUUUCUCCACAUCAAAUCUGUGAAAGAAGGUUCUACAAUGGUUUGCUCGGCUCUCAGGAGAGUUGCCCACAUGCAUGUUUACCUGGUGAGGAAGGCCAGUAGUGUCUCCAAAGGUCAUCAUCAUCACCAGGCCUUGGGCUUGAGACCUCCUGCUUCAGAGUUUGCUGCCCAAGGAGCUCCAGGUGGCGCGGUGGAGGUACUGGGCAAAUCCUACCCUCGGGAUGACUACAGCAACCUCUCCCGGAAAGUCCUCUCCAGGGUCGGCAGGAAUCUGCACAACCAGCAGCAUCACCCGCUCUGGCUGAUCAAGGAGAGGGUGAAGGAGCACUUCUACAAGCAGUACGUGGGCCGCUUUGGGACUCCGCUGUUCUCGGUCUAUGAUGACCUUUCUCCAGUGGUCACCACCUGGCAGAACUUUGACAGCUUGCUCAUCCCAGCUGACCACCCCAGCCGGAAGAAGGGAGACAAUUAUUACCUGAAUGGGACUCACAUGCUGCGAGCUCACACGUCCGCGCACCAGUAUGACCUGCUGCACGCCGGGCUGGAUGCCUUCCUGGUGGUGGGCGAUGUCUACCGGCGCGACCAGGUUGACUCCCAGCACUACCCAGUGUUCCACCAGCUGGAGGGCGUCCGACUCUUCUCUAAGCACGAGUUAUUUGCUGGCAUGAAGGAUGGAGAAAGCCUACAGCUCUUUGAACAGAGUUCUCGCUCUGCCUAUAAACAAGAGACACAUACCAUGGAGGCCACGAAGCUCGUCGAGUUUGACCUUAAGCAAACACUUACCAGGCUUGUGACACAUAUUUUUGGAGAUGGACUGGACAUUAGAUGGGUAGACUGCUACUUUCCUUUUACUCAUCCUUCCUUUGAGAUGGAGAUCAACUUCCAUGGAGAAUGGCUUGAAGUGCUUGGCUGUGGGGUGAUGGAACAGCAACUGGUAAAUUCAGCUGGUGCUCAAGAUCAGAUUGGCUGGGCCUUUGGCCUAGGAUUGGAAAGAAUAGCCAUGGUCCUGUAUGACAUCCCUGAUAUCCGCCUCUUCUGGAGUGAGGACGAGCGUUUCCUGAAGCAGUUCUGCGUGUCAGAUAUCAACCAGAAUGUGAAAUUUCAGCCUCUUAGCAAAUACCCUGCUUUGAUAAAUGACAUCUCGUUCUGGUUGCCUUCUGAGAAUUAUACAGAAAACGAUUUCUAUGAUUUAGUACGAACAAUUGGAGGAGACCUGGUGGAAAAAGUUGAUCUGAUAGACAAGUUUGAACAUCCAAAGGAGAAGACUUUAUCUAAAUGGGGGCCGAAUAACUGAAUUUAAGUCUUUCUGGCCAAACCCAGAUGAAGGAUCACUUGGUGCAGUGAAGGCGUCUUCUCCAGUCUGCUGCACUGAUCACAUUGCCCACUCACGCUUAGAAGAGGAAAUGACGUGGAAGAUCAGAUGCGGGAAAUCACUUAAAUAUUUGCCCUCCUGUUAGAUCGCUGACGUCCACUUAAUUUGGGACACGGGGGUUUUUACCAGUAAGAUGUGGGAAGGUAGCGGUAGGAACACUGGUUAUGAGGGUGUGUUGUUCUAGAGUUCUCUGCCUGUGUAAAUGAGGUUCUGGCUUCGAAGUGGUUUUGGUUAUUAGUGCACCAUUGGGAUUUAUAUGCAUUUAGCUCCAUGAAGCCUGCAUUGCAUUAAUGUUUUUUUAAAAGCAGCCUGAAAGGGAACACAGAGUCAUAAUCAAAAGUUGAUGUUCAGAAUUGUAACUCUGUUUUCAAUAAGAGCGUACAUCCUCUUAUGGUCAGUAAUUUGUAAAGGCCCAGUAUCACGUUGUAGCUAAGAGCAUGGCUUGGAGGCAGGCUGCCUGGGUUCAAAUCUUGGCUUCACCACUUACCAUGUUGCCCAAGGCAAGUUAUUUAACUUCCCUGUGCCUCAAUUUCCAUAUCUGUGAGAUAGGGAAUAAUAAGAAAUAGUGCCUUCCUCGGGGUUGCUGUAAUGACUUUAGAAAUGAACAUAUAAAGGCACUUAGGACUGCCUGGCACAAAGUAAGCGCUCAGUAAACAUUGGUGGUUAUUACCAAGUUAUUAUUGUUAUCCCUCUGCAGAGACUGGAAACAUGUUUACAAGAUUCUCAUCCCCAGUAGUUACAACGAAAUAUAACAUGUAAAUGCUUCAAGGAAGUGAACACUGAGCUAUGCAAAUGUAUCCUUCUGGGGUCUGAGACCGUCAUUUAUCUACAUUUAUCUACAGUGAUUAUCUUCUUGUACACUUGCUUCUUUAGGAAAUAUAUCUCCCAGCACUUUAUUGUCAUAGCUGUGGUGGCAUUUACAUUGUGCAAACUGGAGGGAAGGUUCCAAAAAUUUUCCAUUAAUGAGCUAAAUUUUUCCAGAAUGAGAUAGAUACAUUGUUAGCAAAAUAUAUGACUGGGAUGUUUGUCAGAAAUUUUUAGGGAAAUGCAUUUUAGGAGAAAUUAAGCAUUUUCUUCUCCGAGAUAAAACCAAGUUAUUAGAUAAUUUUAACUGCAUGUCAGAUUGCUUAGUCAUCUUUUCCAUAGAUGCUGCUUGUAAAAAGAAUUUUUGUAUACUCACAUCCUAUUUCAGAUUUGGGUUAUUUUUUAUUUGCAUUACUGCCUGCUGAGCUACCAUGUUCCUUGGCACUGGUGUUCACCCCUGUUUUAUAAUUGUUCCCUAUAAUGUUUUGCAAUAUAUUGAGAGGCUUUUAUGCAAAUUGCCAAUAUUGGACUACGGUUGUUCCUUUACUGUGAUCUUUGUUAGCAAUACCUGUUAGGAUUAGCACUAUGGGAGAUUUCUUACAGUCAUGUGUGACUUACUGUAAUUAGUCUGAUUGCUUAGUCCUUGGCUGUCCCCAGCUUUUCUCUGCUUGUUUGGGUGUUUAAUUACAUAUUCAUCAAAUGUGAGACCUGAGAGAAAGAUCUUGGAGAACAUAUUCUCCUACUAUGUCAUUUUACUGUGAAGAUUCCUAAACCCAGAGAGACAAGACUUUUCUAGCCAAGACUAAUCUGCUAGUUAGUUUGAGAGCAACGACUAGAUUUUGAUUCAUCUGGUAGCUAAAUUAAGGGGAUUGAGAAGAGAAUCACAUUUACUCUACACAAAGACCAAAAGGCCUGCCAUCUCUUGAAGAAGAGGAACUAACAGUUUAGAGCGGUAACAGUCAGGUGAAUAGAUAAUUACAGAAUUGUCUUCUCAUUUCCAGCCCAUUGCUCAUUCCCCUACACUGGAGUGCCCUGUGUCAGCGUGAUGUAAUUAUUUGGUAGAUACUGUUUUAGUCCAUCUACACAGUUGUAAAUUAGGCAGCUUUGUUUUUGAUGCCUAUCUUUACAUUUAUACAAUUCCUUAUUUUUCUAUCAAUGAAUCCUUCAUCAAAAAAAUGCUAAGAGAGGCAGCU